AAAAUGUCUGCGGCGAACGAAGACGUAGAUAUAAAUGAGGCGUUUGACGAUAUACUCUUUGGCGAAGAAAUAGGCGAAAAAACUGGAUUUGCGGAAGGCUACAAAGACGGCAGGACUCAAUUGUCAGAGCCUUACCACUUGGGGUACCACAGAGCAAGUCAAGUGGCAGCGCAGCUGGGAUUUUACAGCGGGGUUUUGGAGUAUAACCUCAAAGCCAAUUUGUUUCCUGAAAAAGUUAUUGACUUGGCAAACAAGUUGCAAGGCGACAUAGAAAACUUCCCAAAACACAACUCGGACUCGAUCGAUAUACUUAAACUGCUUGAAGACAUUAAGCUAAAGUACAGCCGCAUCUGCUCGCUGGCAAAGAUCAAAUUUACUUAUCCCGAGCAAGAGAAACUCGAUUUUUAA